UCCCUGAGCAGGAGCUGCUUGUAAAUUGCAACUGUAGGAUCUAGCAAACUAAUAGGCCCCUGUUACCCAAACCAUCAACUUUCCUGCUCUGCAGUUCUAUCAUUAUUUGCUCUGGGAUUUUUCUUUUGUCACUUACAAACCCAUCAAGCCUGUUUUCUGGACUGCUGGUAGUGAGAAGAGAGCUCUUUCGAGUGCUGCUAAACUCCCCAUCCCCGCAAGUGAAAGGAUCCUCUUCUCUAUUUCUCUUUUCCUUGCAGGACUUUGGGACUCAUUGAUGCACCCAUUUCAGUGGUGUAACGGAUGCUUCUGUGGUUUGGGGCUGAUUUAUACCAAUAAAUCGUGCACAAUGCCUCCCAUCACCUUCCAGGAUCUACCGCUGAAUAUCUACAUGGUCAUUUUCGGCACCGGCAUCUUUGUCUUUGUGCUCAGCCUCAUCUUCUGCUGCUACUUCAUCAGCAAACUUCGACAUCAGGCACAGAGUGAAAGAUUUGGAUACAAGGAGGUGGUCUUGAAAGGUGAUGCCAGGAAGUUAAAUUUGCAUGGGCAGACCUGUGCCGUCUGCCUGGAAGACUUUAAAGUGAAAGAUGAGCUGGGAGUGUUGCCAUGCCAACAUGCCUUCCACAGAAAGUGUCUAGUGAAAUGGUUGGAGGUUCGCUGCGUCUGUCCCAUGUGCAACAAGCCCAUCACAGGCCCCACGGAGCCCCACCAAGGCAUUGGGACACUCCUGGAUGAGCUGGUGUGAGGACCUCUUUUCUCCCCCAUGAAGCCAAACAGCCAUCCAGACGGACCAUUUCCUGGUGAUCUCUGCACUUAACCCCUCCACCCAUCUCCCCUGGGGAUUGCUAAGCCAGCAGCCUGUGAUACCGCCUGCCAUGGGCAUAUGGCCCCCUCGUAAAACCUGGGACAGAUCCACUGCCAUGAGUGCAGGAGGAAAACAAGCUGCGUCCCCCGUGAAGCACACAGAGGAGGAGGGGUUGGCCCAACUCUGGGGUCAUUGGGACCUGAGUGUCAAACUGCUGAUGCAUGAAGGGCCUGGGAGACUUAAUUGUGCCCCUUCCUAGCUGAUCUUGCAGGGACGUCUGAUUUCUUGGCACCAGGCUUCUGAAACUGGAUAUUCCUCACAGAGACCACCCAGUUCAGGGUGGGAAACAAGGCAGGAGCCUCCCCCCCAACCCCCUGGGGACUGUAGUUCAAAUCCGCCUACCACUACUGUUCUUAAUAGGUUUACUAUAACCCUCUUUCAAAACCAGAACUUACGUUUAGGGCCUUAACUCUUCCAUAGGUCCCUUGUAAAGGCCAAAGCUUUAGCUCUGCUACAGCCAGCCAGGAAUUGACCCCUGACUGCUGGAACCACAGCGCUGAUUCUUAUCUAUGGGCCAUUGAUGGGAUCUCUUUGUCUUAAAAAAUAAUAGUCAGUGUUUACAUAGGGCCUGAACAAAAACAGAAGCUGCAGAGGGCAUGUCAUGACUGAUUAGAUCCUGUUGGCAGAACUGGACUGUUGCAAGAGUGGGAAGGGUGUUUAGGGA